GACCACUGCUUAGAGGACUCUUGGAGUUGUUGAUUUGAUCACAGGAAGAAGAGAACUCAGCACCGAUUCGGCCCGCAGGCAUUUGGCCAAGACUGCCAACCUUAGGUUCCUUGAAAAGGAACCUCAGGGGGGUUGGUUCCAUCCACACUUUCUCAGUCUUUUGGUUGCCAGAUGGCAGAGGACUUGCAGGAUGAGUUCGAUGAGGAUGAUUUUGACGACGAGGAUCUUCAAUGGUCAUGCAAUUACGUGGUCGUUUGCAUCUUGUUGCCCACCUUGAUUGGCUUCAUCAAUGGCUUCUUCUGGUCUGGUCUAGCUCUGCAUUACGUGGACAUGGGUUGGGCGGUAGCCAGAGCCGGCUUGGCCUCGACCAUUGGCUUGCUCUUGCGGCCCUUCUUCCAACAAAUUCAAAUCCGGGCAGGCUUCUGGGCAGCUGUGCCCUUGGGAGCUUUGCACUUGGGUCUUGCCAUUUUGGGUGCCGCCCUUACCACCCAGGAGUGGGCAGUGAUCUUGGAGGUCACAGCAUUGCAAGGUUUGGACCCCUCCAUCACCAUUGAAGGCAUUGCCUUCGACGUCUUUGGGCUGUCAGAGACCAUGGCGCGGCAAGCGUCCUCCACGGUGCUGGCCGUCUUCACCAUUGCCGUGGCCACCGCAGUGACCAUUGGCGGCAUCAUCUACGACUUCGCGGGAUGGCAAGGUGGAGCAAACUGACAGGACGUGAAGCCGAACUGACAGGGUGCUGGGAACAAGUCACAAGUGGAUUUGAGUGGUUUCUGAGGUGGCUAGUUCACCAAAACUUGAUUUGCUUGGCAAUGUGUGUACAACUCAAUGAGCCGUGCAAAUUCAGUGGGAUAGAGCUGCAUCCGGAGAUUGCUUCCAAGGUGAGACAGGGGCUGGUUUGCUCACUGCUGAGCAUUUCGUAGACUGAAGAGGGACACAAGAAACAUGAUCAACAUCCACCAGGACUUUCCCCGUGACAUUUUCAGGAUUGGUUUCCGUGACCUGUUACAGAGCUGUUCGUGACCUGUUCGCCACUGGGAUCUGAAGGGGAAGGUCACUGGGGAGCUGGUCACUGGCAGGCCCAGCUGGUCCAGCUCCCCGUCUCAGCUCCCGAGCCAUGAAAAGCUCAUUAGCUAUAGGGAAAGAGGAAGUCGAUGGCGAAGUGGACCCGAACAGGGUGGAGGUUUGGGAGAUGUGGAUAUUCAACCUUUACUUCGGAUUAUUUUCACCCACUUCUUUUCCACCACCAGCCAGCGGCCAGCGUUGUUUCCAGGCAUGUCGCUCUUCCAUGUGGCUUGCCUGCUGCCCUGUGCCUUUUUACUGCACAGCCGGUGGUGUGGAAAUCCUUCCGGGAAUAUAUUUCUUCAAAGCUGCGAUUCCGGGAGAGGAAAGUGAAGCAAUUGCAUCUGCACUUUCUGUGGUUCCCGCGCAACCAUCAGAUGCACUCCCAAAGCAAGAGCCAGGCCUGGUAGUUGAGGAUCUUACUGAGCUUCCAGGAACUGUCCGAGAUGUUGACCAGGGAGGCAUGCCAGCUGGGACAAUGACAGGAGGCAUCUCAAGGGAGUCUACCCCGGAAGGAGAUGCUGCAACAGACAGGACGUCAGAAUUGAUCGUGAGACGCCUGAGAAUGAUUUUCUCCAGAAAGUGUAGUACCUGCACCUGCUCGUCUUUGCUUCGCUGCUCAUUGGCCAUCCGAC